AUGCUGGUGCUUCGUUUUUAUGCCUCUGGGAGUUUUAUGGAGGUGAUAGGAGAUACUAUGGGGUUUGAUAAGAGUACAGUUAGCAGAGCCGUCAAUCGUGUUACUGAUGCACUCCUUGCAAAUAAAGACAGAUUUAUAAAGUGGCCCAGUCAAGAGGAAAUUGCUAGAUCAAAACAAAAUUUCUUUACAAGGGGAGGAUUUCCAGGAGUUAUCGGUUGUGUCGAUGGAACACAUGUUCGAAUACAAGCGCCGACGGAAGAUGAGGCCGUAUUUGUUAACAGAAAGGGGUAUCAUUCCAUCAAUGUACAGGCUAUUUGUGACCACGAAGGGAAAUUUAUAAACAUUGAUGCACGGUGGCCUGGUAGUACCCACGAUAGCCACAUUUUUCGGACGUCCGAGGUCAGCAUUUUCUUGGAAGGAAACCAUCGUGGCGUUGAGGACGGCUAUCUUCUUGGUGAUAGCGGCUAUGCUUGUUCCAGGUUUCUCAUUACCCCGUACCUCCACCAUGCGAACCCUUCCGAGGAAGCCUUUAAUGCAGCCCAUUGUCGCACACGAAACACCAUUGAGCGAGUUUUUGGGUGGUGGAAAAGAAGGUUCCAUGUCCUGCACAGUGAAAUUAAGAUGAAGCCUGCAAAAGUCUGCAGAAUAAUUGGCGCAUGUGCAAUUCUGCAUUAUACUGCAUUGUCUCUAAAGGAGGAGAUGAAGGACGAUGAUGCACAAGAUGACAACCCCGCAGCUCAUUUGACUUAUUGUGGACCUGAGGAUGGAAGGGCUAUCAGAAACUUUAUCACCAGAACCUAUUUCUAA